CGUGAAGAAUAGAAAAAUAAAAAUGAAGACUUGGCUGUAUGGGCUUUUGACCUCUUUGCCUGUCCAGAUGGACGAACAGAACCAAAAAAAAAAUGUCAAUGACUGCACUCUUUUUUUUUCAAUUUUCAUACAAUGUCAAUGAUACAAAUUACAAACAAUCGCUUUUUCAGAGUUUCGCUAAUUGCUAGGCUGUGUCACACAAUAAGUGCGCUGUGCAGUAUGCUGCAGUCUGCACCCAAUUGGCAAUAUUGGUAAUUCGCAUUCAAGUUAUAUACAUUAUUUUUAUAUAUUGGUAUUAUUAAAGCUUUAUAAUUACCUUUGUAACUAUGGAUAGCAAUCGUUGGGGCAACGAUGACCGUUCUGAAGAUACCCCGGUAUAUUCUAGAUUAUUUAUUAUAUGUGAGCGUAAGUUGACUGAGGAAGAUUUUAGAAAUGCCUUCUUAAAAUUUGGUACAAUAGAGGAUAUAAAGCUGCCGAUCGACCGCAAUACGGGUCAACCAAAAGGAAUUGCUUUUAUUAAGUUCUCAAGAACCUCUGAAGCAGCUGCUGCUCUUGAAGCAAUGAAUGGAAAAAAUAUUUCUAAUUCUCAUCGGCCCCUCAAGAUAUUGGUGGCUUCAAAUCGUUCUGAAAUUCAAUCUCAUGAUUAUGACAUGGAUAGAUUCAAACGCUUAUUUAUUAGUAUUUCAAAAGAUGUCUCAGAAGAUACCAUUAAUAAUGAUUUUAAGAAUUUUGGAUUCAUUGAAGGCAUUCAGGUAAUGACAGAUAGAAAUACAGGACAGAGUAAAGGUUUUGCAUAUGUGAAAUAUCAAAGGUUCUCUGAAGCAGCACUUGCAUAUGAACAUUGUGAUAGAAAGUAUCGACCUAUCUUUGCCAGCCCGAAAACUCAGAAGAGACGAGAAACAAUGUUUGAAUCAAAUCUUAAUUCCUUAACAUCAAGGAGUACUAUUUUAUCAAUGAUGAAUAUUCAACCGAGAGGCUUUACUCAACUACACUUUAUGUGUAGCCCAGAUCUAAUGGAAGUGCAUGCUGCCAGACUUUUCAGUAUUAUACCCGGUAUGAUUAGGUGUAGACUCCAACUUGACUUAGUUAGAAACUGCAACAGAGGUACUGUGGAGUACUCUAAUCCAGUAUCCGCGGAAUAUGCACUAGAACAAUUGCAUGAGUUUGAAUAUCCCCCAGGGCAAAGGAUUUUUGUUAAACCUGCAUAUAUGAAGUUUGCAGGGUAUGAAGAAAGUUCUUUUAAUUUUUCUAAAUCUUACAACAAAUUGAGAGGUGCAAUUAAUUCUGCAAAAAAGUCAGACACACCUGAUUUAGCUCAGUUAGCACAGGCAAUUGCAGAAGCCUCAAAACUAAUUAAAGCAGCAACAACAGGAUUCAAUGAUGAUAACCUAGAUGUAAAUGAUUUAAAUUACUGUAGUCUAGAGUUGCCUCCUACACAACCACUAGCAGAUAUUGAUAGCCCAGUAGCUAAAAGAUGCUUUUUAGUAUGCAAACCCCAGCCCCCUCCAUUGACUGCUCUUCGUGAUGUCUUCUGCCGGUUUGGAAAUCUUAUUAAUGUCUACACACUACCCAAUAAAACAGUAGGCUUUGCUAGGUAUGCUACUGAAGAAUCUGCUAAUACGGCAAUAAAAGCUUUGCAUGGAGCAGAGAUAUGUGGGGUCCGUAUUAAGGUGUUAGAAGCAGUAGAAGAGGUACCUAAUAAGAGAACGAGAUAUAAUUAGGACAUAUUAUAAAUAAAAAAUUCUGGACAGACAUGACUUGAAGACCCACAGUAAUUAUCUUUGGAGUUUCUUACAGACAUAUUUGUUUAGUUUCACAUACUUACAGACUAAUAAAUUUUUUAAACAGA